UGUGUGUGUGUACGUGUACGUGUGUGCGUCGGUCAACAUUCGGAAACGAUGGGGUUCGGGCUAGGUGGUUGUAAUGUAGCGUUGAUUCUGAUUCUGAUUCUGUUCGCCUCGAAAGCUGUUCUUUGCGGCACCGCGGAUCCCGGAGACACGCUCUCCGCUACCUCUGAUGUCACCAAACUUGCAGUACCGCAAACUCUUCGGACAAACUUUGACCUCUAUCGCGACUAUUACGUCACCGUCGACACGGCAACGGUGUCCGGGAAUCAAUACUCUUCAUUUUCAAUCCAAGUUCACACCCAACUCUAUACGGCAGUUCUGACAAACUUUUCCAGUGAGUGUCAGACCACGGGAGAUUACGAGUGUACCACGACUGGUUCCAACGUGGGACUGGUCCAGGUAUGGAACGUGGACACGACAGACUUUCUAUUCCGUGUCAGAGUGGAAUGCGGACCGUGGAACUGUUCGAGCAAUUCCACCGUUAGAGUCCUGUUGGCAACAGUUGGAAUACCCACAGAAGCUCCCAUUCCUGGCGGUUGCGCUUUGACCUCUAACCUCUUCAUUGACCCCAAUAUCGUCGUGGACUACACGACGAUCUCGACGGAGGUCCGGUUCCUGGACAGCGACGUGGGAUUCAGACCGUCCGACACAUCUUAUCCCACCUGCGAUGCCUCUACUGACCCCUCCUCCCUCUCCUCGCCCUACCCACUCCAAUACCUCGAGUACACGGUCUACCAGAAGUGUCUCGGUCGAGGCCAGUUCAGUGUGACGGCCAUGAUGGACGCCAUUGAAGACAUGCUCACUGCUAGCCUCACUCUUAAACAGGAGAGCAGUUACACAACGCUCCAAUACAACCAGGCAAAGAGAGUGACGUUUGCCUCGACCCCUGGACAAGGGGUCAUCUACAACGUCAUAGCAACGGACAAGAGAAGUAACCGGAGAGUGGCAUACGUCCCAGCUAUCACCUAUGGCUGCGACAUUCACUCCGCGAGUGGCUGCAGAGACGAGAUAUCGCCAUUCAGCGGCGUGGUCGGAAUCGUCCUCAUAUUGUCCGGUCUCUUUCUGUGCCUAGUUGGACACCUCUUCUUUCACGGAGAGGUUGUCGCCCUUCACUGGAUCAGCGGCUGCUUCUUCUUCUACCUCAUCAUCUCCAUAGCAGCGACCUCUUUCGACCACAACCUUCUGUUGGGUCUGUCUCUGGUGUGUGGGAGUGUGUAUUGCCUGGUCUGGUUCCUGUUCUGGUUCCUGACCGGCUGGCACUGGGUCCACGUGGUGGUUUUUGGCUUGUAUGCGGAUUUCAUCAUCAUUUCUUCCAUCCUUUACUCUCCUCUAGAAGACACAUCUGUGUUCACCGUCCUACAGAUAAGCUACGUCUACUGCCUCACACUGCUCUGUGGAAUGGUUCUCUUCAUGGUGCCCGUUGUCGCCUUCCCCAGAGCCCUAAGUAUAUGGGCUUCAUCUCUUGUUGGGAGCUAUGCCGUCAUUUCUGGUAUAGGGAUGUUUGUGUACACUGAGCUGGCCCAGAUUGUUUUGCUGGUCGUGAGGAGAUUAUCCAUUUCCGGGUUUUAUUCUGCUCACGUCGACUGCCCUUUACUUACCACUGACUACAUACUAAUGGCUCUGUGGAUCGUCUUGCUGGUGGUGGGAGUGACCAUUCAGACCACAGUGGUCCAGAUUCGUCGGACCAAACACAACCGUCGGCAACAAAAAGCUACCAACGACAGACAAAGCAGAAAGAAGUUGAAGUUGAAGUUCAGUUCGUUUCCACGACCCUCGUUGCUGAGGAAACUCCUUCGUUAUAGCAACAGAAAUUGCUCUGCCGAGGGAGAGCCGUUGCUAACCCCUAGUCAUCUGUCUCAUCACGGGCCUUGGUCGUCUCAUAGCAACGGAGUCUCGUCGCCUAGUGACAGCGGACGGUAUCCUAGCAACUACGAGCCGUACGGUUCGCGGGCGAAGAACGGGAGAUCGAGAAGACGAGGCAUGGAACCUGAGCCCGCCACUACACCGGGACAGGAGAUAGAAACUGGGUUCGUACGUGUGAGGUUCACCGCCAACGGUCGCUAUGUCUGUGGCUACGUGGAAUCGGGACAGGAACUCAUGGAGGUCCUGGAGACAUACCGCACCGUAUCGGGAACUGGAUUCAUCAACGCACAGACGCUGAGUGCAGCGAUGAAGCCAUUCGACGACACGGUGUGGCAGACGAGGUUCAUGACUCCUGCUGCAAGGCCGCGCCUCUUUUGGCAGAUGAGCGCGGGAGAACCCCACAUUCCUUACGAUGGUGUUCCGUUCAUGUCCGUUGGUCAGAACACGGAGCUGCCCUGUGUUAGAUAUGGCGGACGGAGGAAGAAGGUGGAGACUGUUGCCCUGGCAACUGGCGAUCUGAUAAACAUGGACUUCCGCCAGAAGACAGGCUGUGAGGGAAAGAUUACCGUUCGUCGAGUCAUGCGGUUUCCGUCUGCCCAAGUCACCGAUCUCAGCCAGCAAGGAGUGGCUGCAGUUCGCCGAAUGAGAAAACAGUUACUCGAGGAUUUGACGCAGAAGAUCAUUGCCGGUAUUGCGAAAGCCCAUCGAACGCCCGUUGCCGAGGAGAUAAUGAACCAAUUAAGCCACGGAAUCACAGAGAUCUCCCUCAUUAAAGACCACAUCAAGAACUUUGCGGACGCAUCGCUCGGUAACGAGGCUGGACUGCACGUCGAGAAUUCAGCCUACUAUCCUUCAGAAGUUGGAGUUUACCACCAUGUCUACUGGCUCUACAAGAUGGGGCAGGUCAUAGAUCAGGAGAGUGCAUUCAAGGCUAAGCUGGGUCUGAGCGAUGACUUCGCUGCCAGCGCCCUCUCCUUGACAACAUCCAUCCCUCCCAAGAUACCCGUUACCACGGACACCAUCACCAGGCCACCGGAACAGCUGCAACCUCUCUUGACCUCGGGCGACAGCGAAUCUCCCCUCCAGGCCACCGAGAACGAGGUGGAGUUAAAAACAUCCAUUGACCAAGGAGGUGGAGGACUCUGUCUCUCUACUGAUAACUCCACUACUUCUGCCACACCCAUUUCGGUUCCUCCCAUUUCCAUUAUGUCGGCAGCUGCCAAGAGGGGAAUCCCCCCGAAAUCGAUGACAUCAUCGUUCAACAUGCAGUCCCUCUCGUCUCUAUCCGGUAUCUCUACUCCGAUAAUUACACAUCACGAGCCACAGUCUCUGGCGGUCGUUGAAGCCACACCCACCACUCCCACGGCAUUGUCUCAGGCCCAGACAGAAGUCCACGACAUUCUCAGAAUAAUGAGAAUCAGACACACGCCUGCAGGACCCUCCCCGCUCUGAACACUCUUCGGAGACAGUUGACUGAACUCUGCAGUCAGUUCUCGAUGCACCUCUCAGGAGUACCGACCAAGAGCUUUGGGGGUGUGGCCAACCACUCCCCCAGCAGUCUAAGCCUCGCCCCCCUGACAAAACGACCAAAGCUAAACUGAACUUCUCUAAUACACAGCUAGUCCUCGUGUUAUUUUUCACCACUUAUCCAUUACAUCAUCGUCAUUUCCAUCCUUACACACAGACAUCCUCAUUACCUCACUAUUACAUCAUCUAUAUAACUUUAUUAUGACAUCACAAACAUUACUCCGCA